UACGUAAACAGUUAAAGAUGCAAAUGAAAAUGUGAUUGAACAAUUCAAAGGAUACUAUAUUUUCAUAGAAGAUUUAAACGAUUAAACAAAUUAUAUUAGGUAAUUUCUAUAUGCUAGACAAUUAAACCAUUAAGUUUGAAGAUGGGUGGAAGAAAAGCUGCCGUUUCUCCAGGAACUAUAAAAUCAAAUUUACUGCAAGUGGAUAUUUUUAGGGAAGGACUUACUCUUAAAAAUAGGAACGAUAAAGUAUGGUUAACUGUUUGUGAAAAUUUAAAAAAUGCUAUAAAGCCAUUGAAUUUGUUCAAAAUGGUAGAGCAAAAUAGACAUGGCAUUUUGAGUUACUAUCUAGAACAAAAAGGUAUUGCGAAUUAUGCUGGUGUUCAAAAAGGAGAAAAAGAAGAAGAACAGAGAGAAAAAGAAAAAGAGGAGAAAAACGAAGAUAAAGAAGAAGAUGAAAAUCUUGAUUUUUGUUUGAGUGACGUAAGCAUAGAUAAUAGACAAAUUUUUGAUGAUGUGAAAAAUGACUUUUGUUUUUCAAAAAUGUAUUAGUGUUAAGGGGAAGCAGCUAGUGUUUGCAAUUAGUGUUAGUUCAGAUCAAUGGUUUAAGAUUAGUCCUAAGGGAAAAGUUUACAAGAGCGGAAAGACAGGGAAGCAGUUACAAGAGGGUUGGACUGAUGUUAUUAGAAAGUCAAUUUGGGAUAGCCAAAAGUUACCUUGUGCUUAUAGUUUUGAUAGACACUUCAUUGAUGAUAAAAUGUGCUAUAUAAAAAUAGUAGGACAUUGUACUGAAACUGAGUGUAUUUUUUCCUCAAUAAAUCUAUUCGGCCGCACUUUGCGUCGCAAUACACUGCACGCUUAAAAAACAGCAGUUUCCUUGACGACAAAAAUAAAAUAACAUAAAAUACUUUUCUUUACCUGUUUACGUAGAG